AUGAACGAUUAUAAGAAGAACACUGGUGAUAAUUCUAGCCCAAUUGAUUUAAUUAAUCAAAGAUUACUUGGUUAUUUUUUAGAAGUCUACUCAAAAUUAUAUGAGUGUGUUAAAACUGAACAACUUGAAAAGAAGGAAAUUCUUAAAGAAUUGUAUUCUAUUCUUCGAGAACAAUUUCAAUCUGAUCCAGAUUCUCGUUGUUUAAUUUUUGUUGCUACUAGAAAUUGUGCUUCUAAACUUUCUGAUCAUCUUAAAAAAGUGCCUGAACUUCCAAUUUUUUACAAUAAAGAGGUGAAAAAAUUUUUUGAAUUUUUGAAACAUGGAUCCUACAAAAAUUUUCAAGAAUUUUUGAAAAAUUUUUCAAGAAAUUUUUUAAAAAAAAUUUAAGCGAAACAAAAGCCUCCAACCGAAUACAACCGUUUAGGGAGACCAUUAAGAGCCAAUCGAGGGGACCUGCCCCAAAUUUAUGGUCCAAGAUGUAAUGAUAAGGAAAUCUUUUACAACCCCCAACAGGAAACGGCGGAUUUUUGAUUCGC